CCUUUCAUGAAUAACGAUUAUGUGACGAUAGAUGAUGGGUCAAGGACACGCGAAAUGUGCAUUCUUUGAAUAAUCAAUAAUUAUCCGUGAAUAAUUCCACUUGAUAUUGAUUUCGUAGUAUCCCUUGUAAAAAUUCAAGCUACCACAAUGACAGACUUGCAGUCUAGAAGUAUAAAGGAGUUCAAUAUUCCUGUACCAUGGGGACAUAUAGCCGUUAAAGCCUGGGGAGAAAAAACUGAACAACACGUUUUCGUAGUUCAUGGACGAAUGGACAACGCUGGAGCAUUCGACCAGCUCAUUCCCUUACUGCCUCGAGAAUUUUAUUACGUCUGCAUUGAUUUGCCAGGUCAUGGAAGGUCUUCUCAUUUUCCUCCUCAUCUGCCUAUACACAGUGUAGACUUUCUAAUAGCCUACAGGCUGAUCUUGGAACAUUUUAGGAAGAACAGAGUCAUCUUUCUGGGGCACAGCUAUGGAGGUCAGUUAGCGUUUCUUUUCUCCAGGCUUUAUCCAGAAAAGGUUGAAAAAAUUAUACUGAUCGAUAUUAUGCGGCUACAUACAGUCGAAGUAAGUGGUUUUAAGAAAUACCUCACAGAUAGGAUAGAAGGGCAAAUAUUAUUAGAAAAGAAAAUGAUUGAAAGAACGCAACCAACGUACACUUAUGAGGAAGCUAGAAGCAGGAUAAGUUUAAAUAGAUAUAAUGAUACUUUGACGCCCGAAGCUGCCGAUCGACUUUUGAAAAGAUGCUUAGAGCCCGCAGAUGAAGGCAGAUACACAUUCACAAUGGACCAGAGAAUGAAAAGAUACAUGAAUCCACUCCAUGACCUCCGAUUUUCCAUGGAAAGCUUGGAACACGAUCCAGUUGUAUGCCCAGUUCUAAUAAUUCUCGGCAACACACAGACUGUUCCUCCCGCCUUAUACAAGGGAAAUAUGGAAGGGCUGAAAAAGCUAGGAAAUGUGUCUUUUGAGUUUAUGGAAGGUGGUCAUGAUGCACACAAUAAAAAUCCAGAAAUCAUGGCACCUUAUAUUUGCAAAUUUUUAUCAACUGAGAAAGGAAAGCUUUGAAAUGAUGUAGGUGGUUUAACAAAUUUUCAAACAAAUGGUUUCAUAAUUUUUUAAAAAUUAAAUAAAAAUAAAGUCUGUGUUUCAGUACCUACACAAGUACUAAUCAAAAUCAUUUCUACGAUAUUAUGAUGAAAUUUUCUAAAGAUAUUUUUUCAAGUUUUAUAUAUUAUCAAUUUAACGAAUCCGCAAGAAUACAUUCAUAUAUAGGAUGCUAAAAAUGAUAAAUCAACUUGUGUAAAUAAUAUUUUGGAUGUCAUAAAAAAACGUUGAAAGACCUUGACGAUGAAAUUUGCGAAUUUUGAAACGUUAACAGGAGAAAGAUAGUUUUUUCUGCAGUCAACCAACUCAUUUUGUUGUUUAACCAAACCACUGACUAUAAAAACACCACAAACAAAGGUAAAAUCAAUUUAUUCGCUAUAACGAAAACUUUAAAUAAGGACCUUCUAAAUUCAUCUUUAUACAUAAAAUAUCGUCUUCUUCUACCGCCUUAGAACUGAAGAAAAAACACGUUUUUUUAUAAUGAGUACUGUUUUUGGUAGAGAAGAUUAUGUCUUCGUAGAACUGUAUGUCAAACCACAUGUACAGUGCGUUCACCAGGCCUCCUUUUGUCACCUUAACUUUUUUGGUCUUUUCUCCGUUGCCACCUAGCGGGAACUCCACUGGUUCUGAAUGCACCGUAUGUUCAAAUUUUUCAAGACUGGGAUGUUCGUAACCCUAAAAAAAUCGGUUUAGAAAUACAAGCUGUAUCCACGAUUGGAAAAUUUAUC